AUGGCUGUCCAGAUCGAGAAUCUCCAGUCGCCUAGUGCAGAGGCUGAUGUCUUAAUCAUUGGUGCUGGCCCCGUUGGAGCUUUCCUGGCUUACAGGCUAGGCAAACAAGGAAUCACGGUGACUGUGCUGGAAAAAGCCCCCGAGCUCCCGUAUAGUCCCCGCGCAGUUGGCUAUUACGGGGCCGCGCAGGUUGCGCUCCAAAAGGCAGGGCUGUAUGACCUCGUCCGGGCCGAGGGAUUCAUGACCGCAGGGCUCUGCUGGCGAACGCCGCCGGUGAGUCGCGGCACAGAUGGGGGUAAGACCUACGGCGAGAUGAUUGCCAGCCAGCCGCUCUGUGAUCCAAACGACACCACCUUCCCCUUCCCAUCGGGGCUGCUGAAUCUUCGUCAGUCGGAGCUCACUAAGCUACUGCUCCGGGAGGCCCUACACACAGGCUUUGUGACCGUCCGUUGGAACGCCGAGUUGACAGCCAUCGAGGACCCCAACCCUGCUAGUGGGGAUCGAGUGACAGUCGUGACGAGAAACCCGGCGACCAACACCUAUUCGAGAUUCAGUGGUGCCUACCUCGUCGGGGCGGAUGGCGGCAAAUCCACGACCCGGAAGCUGCUUGGGAUCCCGUGUCUGGGGCAUACAUGGCCAGAACGACUGAUUUCGACAGACGUCGUGUUGCUCAACGAAGUCGAUCCCGUUUAUCACACGUGCUAUGUCAUGGCGACUCCGAACCCGACCAUCCUGACUCCGUUGGCUGAUCCGGUGCUGGGCCAGAAGACACUCUGGCGAUACACUAUUUCGGUCCCCGCGGAAGACACUCGGUCCGAUGAAGAACUGCUGAAGGAGGAGACAAUCAAGACGUUUUACGAUGAGGUGAUGGUGGGGCCCAGACCGCUCGAUGUCACGAUCCAGCAGCGAGCCGUCUACCGCAUCCAUCAGCGUCUCGUGCAGACCAUGCGACGAGGGCGCUGUCUGCUGGCUGGUGAUGCCGCACAUCUAAACAAUCCUUACGGAGCCAUGGGACUCAACACAGGCCUGCUGGAUGCUGACGCCUUGUCCGAGGCUUUGAUCAUGAUUCUGAAGGAGUCAAGGUCGGACAAACUGCUUACCUUGUACUCGGACGAACGCAGAAAAGUCUUUCAGUCCUUCGUCAACCCGACAACCACGGAAAACAAGCUCAGGUUACAGCAGCCCUACUCGAAGGAGACUGUCCGGGAAGACUACUUCUUCCGUGAGCUGCAAGAUGCCACACCAGAGACUCUUCAAGAAAAGGCAAAGCCGUACUUUGAGCUCUGGUGCACUGAUAUCAGAGCUCUGGCCGGCAAACUGGGCAUGUAA